UCUUAGAGCGCAGCGAUGGAGGAGACUGUAAUAUGGGAACAGCACACAGUGACCCUUCACAGGGUAAGUGUUUACCUCUCUCCGUUACUAUCUCUCUCUCCUUAUUCCUCUGUAGCCCUCUCUCCAUCCCUCCAUCAUCAUCCCCCUCUCUCAGUGCCGGGAAGGCCAGUUGCAGGAUCAGGAAGUGUACUGAUGGAGCACACAAUGGGCCCAGCAUACAGAUGUCAGGAAGCUGUGGUGAGGAAGAGCGAGCUAUGUAGCGUCCUCUUCCUGUGUGUUUCUCUUCUCUUCCUGUUGGCAGCCAGCCCCAUGGCGCUCCAGGAUCACAGGGAAUACUGUAUGUUAUGUAGACUACACAUUAACUGGUCUAUGUUAGUACCUAGGGCUGGAAAUUGCCAGUGACCUCAUGAUACGAUAUUAUCGCGAUACUUUGGUACUGAUACAAAAUGUAUUGCGAAGGUGAAGGUAGAUCGUCAGAAAUGUGUAUGAUUACCUUGUAUUUCCUCGUUUAUUUAAGAGGGUUCUGUUCAUUUCCUGUUCAGAGAAUUGACAGGCAAGUGGGGUGCGUUCGAGUGCAUAGUUAAUGAAUGGUACGGGUAGUGCUCUAAUAGCUUAUCCUGGGGGGGAUGUACAUGUUCAUAUCCCCAAAUUAUAGUUAUUCAUUAAAUGGUUGUAGCCUACUCAGGGGUUUAUUUUAGUAUGUUUAUGAUUCAAACGUUUAGAUUGUAAUUCAAGUCUUUUGAAUGUUAAAUGAUCAGUGUGAAAUUGCCUGUUGUCAUUGGUCAUGGUUUAGUAGGGUAUGACCUUGUUGUCUCUGUUUGGGGAGCACAGCGGACAGUCGGACUGCGGGUUAGUGGCUAUUUGAGCCUUAGGUUUUUGUUCUUUGCACACCAGUUUGACUUUUUGGGUUUAUGUCGUGUUUAAUUUUAACUAAUGUAUUUUACACGCGGGUAAUUUGUAUGUCAUGUAAAGUCGUUUCAUUGGCAAUGCUUAUGGGAGGUGUAAGAACCCUUUAUUGUCAUUGUUUAAGAGACAGGACAGGGAACAGGUCGGCAUGCUGCCGGUUACAGGCUAUUUGAAGCCUGGGUUUUUCUUCUCUUUGAUCAACAACCAGUUUACCUUUGGGGGGUAAAUGUCUGUACAGUUUUCACUGUCUAUUUUCUACACCUGCAAAUAAAAAGCUUCACUCUGGGCAAGAUAAGUCUCUAUCUGCUGUUUCCUCCACACUGUUAGAAUCCUAUUGCUGGGUCAACUUCACAGUCACUGACAGUCAUUCAAUUAGCCAUGUCAGCUAACAAUUUUUAGAUUGGUAAGUUAUUUAAACUUGUAGUAAUCAUGGCCGAAUACCGACCGGGCACGCAGGAAACGUGCCCAGGAGCCCUGAACUCCGGGGGCCCACAUUGAUUUUGUUAGUCACUCCCACUCAGAUAUCAUAUUAACAUGACAUAAGUCAUGACAAAAUGUGUAGAAUUGCAUGACAUUUGUUAUGAAAUUGCUAAAUUUACUCUCGCCCCAUGGCAAAAUGUGUAGAAUUGCAUGAAAUUAACUUUAAAACUUCUCUCCGUGGUCAAAGGGGGAGGCCACUAAAAUGUUUUGCCCGCGAGGGGGCAUGUUUUCAGAAACUUGGAUCCCAGGAAAACACAGAAUUUCUCAUUUGGGUCUCAGACUGAACUAGUUGAAGAACCCCUACACUAGAGCAUUGGAAAGCAAAACAACUCUACUGUAACAAGAGUAGAAUCACAACAGUGGUGAAGACAACUCCCUUAACAACACCAUAUUAUUAUUAUCCCACUUACACUGGUAUAGACCUACCACUUAGUUAACCCCAUAAUUGCACUGUAGUAAGCAUGUCAUUAAGUUGUGUGUGUUUACACCUUUCAAUGACAUACGCUCACAGGAGUAGACUAGUGAAACCUCAGGUGAUGUGUAGACAUUGUUAACUAGGAUCAUCUCAUGGCUGUCUGGAGGGGUGCCAUGUUUAAUAACAUAACGACCAUAGGAGUUGGCUACACGACACUAACAGAUCUGGGACCAGGCUAGAGGCAUGCAGUCAAUGUGUGGUUGUGUCAGCGAGCUGAUCACCACCAGGGUUAUUAUAAGUGUCUGUGUGGCGUCCUGGCCUGGCCAUCUAUCAGGAGUCAGGACAGAGUCAGGCUGGCUGUGAUAAUAGAGGCUUCAGUUAGAGGUGACAGACUGACUAGAGAGGAGAGAGACCUGAGAGCAGAUCAGAUCACUGUGCCAGACACAACUCUUCUCUCUCUCUCUCUCUCAGGAGACGACCAUGGACCUAACACACACUAAUCCUAGUGCUAUAGCAAGGCUAAAUGAAGGGAUGGUUUAUAGCUUUUGAUUGUGCUUAAAUAAAAUGACUAGAGUAGCUGUUUUUUUUCUUCUAUGUAUCAUAUCUGCUAUUCUAACUGAACUGAGGGAGUAUGCCCUAUGUAUUCUUCUACUGUGUACAGUAUUAUGUUCAAGUGCAAACAUGCACUGUUGUCCCAGACCUCAUGUCUCCAACUUCUGUUGUGUCUGUGUGCGUGAUGUGUACAGGCCCCAGGGUUUGGGUUCGGCAUAGCCAUCUCAGGGGGCCGGGACAACCCUCACUUCCAGAGUGGUGAGACCUCCAUCGUCAUCUCUGACGUCCUGAAGGGAGGCCCGGCAGAAGGGCUCUUAUCGUAAGUGCAGAAAACACUUUCAGUGGAGAUUUUCUGUGAGCAUGAUUUUUAGUUCAGGACUAGGCUUAAUCUGGGUCUGGGUAACCAGCCCUAUAUGUUACCGCUAUGGUGUUGAUUUGGGUGUGGUCAAUGUAGAUCCUGACCGUGAUUGAACCUCCUUGUUUCUCUUCUCCUUCCAGGGAAAAUGACCGCGUGGUAAUGGUCAACGCCGUGUCCAUGGACAACGUAGAGCAUGCUUACGCUGUGCAGCAGCUUCGGAAGAGUGGAAAGAAUGCAAAAAUAGUGAGUUGUUGUUGUAUUCCUCAGGGGAAUGGACAACAGGCUAAUCUUAUUGUUUUGGUCCACCUUCCUCAGCAAGUACAUUCCUCUUCUAUGAAUGCCACCCUAGGGAUUUAGAUAUGUUUCUAACCUAAUUGAUUUGAUAAGAGGUCAUUUGAGGUGGUUGAGAAUGACAUCAUGUCCCUUUCUUUCCCCCCACAGACGAUCCGAAGGAAACGGAAGGUUCAGAUCCCGGUGUCUCGCCCGGGGGACAGAGAGACUAUGUCCGAACACGAGGAAGAGGACACUGAUGAAGACGAUGGUUGCGAGCAGUACAGCGGCCGCAGCGGGCCCACCAGCGCCUACGGAGCGGCGAGUGGCGGCACGGCCAGCAGGCGGACGAACGAGCGCGAGCGUGAACGCAGCAACAGCAGCCGGCGGGAACACAGUGCAUCGCGAGAGAGGAGCAUCUCGCCCCGCUCUGGCCGAUCCCAAGGCUCCUCCACACCGUCCCGCCCCGCCAAAGUCACCCUUGUCAAGUCCCGCAAGAAUGAAGGUGGGCACCGCAAUGUCCAGCUUAGGUCUUCAGCAUGAGUGAUUGCAUUUUGCGGUUUUCUUUCUUUUGGUAUUGUCAGUUUGACCUAAUUUACCCUCCAGUCAGUCAGUCAGUAAUAUCAUGGCAGCCUAACGAAGGUGAUCUGCCUCUCAUCGACAUAACUCUAGUCUGAUGACAGGAGAGGACAGCUCUCCAAGGCCUCACUGUCACGACUUCCGCCGAGGCUGCCUCCCCUCCUUGUUCGGGCAGGUUUCGGCGUUCGGCGUCACCGGCUUACUAGUUACUUAAUCAUCACUCCAUUUGUCUUGUCUUCAAUCACACACACCUGGUCCUUAUUCCCUCAUUAGUAAUGGUAUAAGUGUUCCCUCUGCUUCCUUGGCUGUGUGGGUGAUUGUUUAUUGUGGAGGUUAGUGAAGCUCGGUGGAGCUCAUGUAUUGUGUAUCGACUGGAGUAUUUUUCCCGUGUGCCUUGUAUUUUCCAGUGCGCCUGUUUUGUGCCCAGAGUGUGUUUGACGCAUUUCUGCGUAAACCUGUAUUUUGCGGAUUAAAGCCUGUUAUUCUGUGAUUUACCCUCCUGUGCCUGACUCCUUCAUCACCACCUCAUCACAGAAUAACAGGCUUUAAUCCGCAAAAUACAGGUUUACGUCAAACACACUCCAGGGCACAAAACAGGCGCACUGGAAAAUACAAGGCACACGGGAAAAAUACUCCAGUCGAUACACAAUACAUGAGCUCCACCGAGCUUCACUAACCUCCACAAUAAACAAUCACCCACACAGCCAAGGAAGCAGAGGGAACACUUAUACCAUGACUAAUGAGGGAAUAAGGACCAGGUGUGUGUGAUUGAAGACAAGACAAAUGGAGUGAUAAUAAAUGGAUCGGCAGUAACUAGUAAGCCGGUGACACCGAACGCCGAAACCUGCCCGAACAAGGAGGGGAGGCAGCCUCGGCGGAAGUCGUGACACUCACUCAGAUGAGCACAAAGUCAAUGUCAGCUCCUCCACUCCCUCACUACCCUCCCUGACAACGCUGGUGAUUGAUUGGUGCUCAGGCAAAGUCUUGUGAAUAUAUAGUGGCCAUUAUUAACAAGAGAAUGACCCGUCCGCAGACACUGAGCUGUCUCCUCAGCCAAUGAGAUAAGAUCUCCAGCUAUCCUGUAUGUCCUCUUUGGUCAUGAUACCCCUCUGUGAGAGGGAGAUGAACUGUAAUGGCUGCCAUGAAACAUGGUCUCCUCCUCACUCACUGCCCACUCACUCACUCUCUCAUACUGUUUUAAUAUGACACAUCAAGUACUAGCAGCAAAUUGUUAUCUUUAUAUCCAUCUUAAUGACCCUACUGUUUUUUAAGGUGUGGUAUUGCACAGUGCUCUGCUAAUAUCGUUUUGUUGUUGUUCAAAGCAGAGUAUGGUCUGCGUUUGGCCAGCCACAUCUUUGUGAAGGACAUCUCCCCAGAGAGCCUGGCAGCACGGGACGGAAACAUCCAGGAGGGAGACGUGGUGCUGAAGGUGAGAACCAGAGACAUGAUGGGGCUAGUCGUUAUAGACGAUGACCUGGAGUGGGAAGGUCGCCGGUUCAAAUCCUGGGACGGGCACUUAAAGAAACAGGGACUGAACUGCGAUACAGAGCAGAAAUAUACUAAGCAUACCACUUCACAUGAGGCAAUAUUUUGGGCAUGCAAACACUAGUAAGCUACUGUAGAUAUUGGAAGGUUGCCAGGGCCUCACAAAGAGUUUGAGGGGGGAGGGAUAUACAAUGCACUACCUUUACACUAACUUCAUCAACACAACCCACCGUUUCACUUUGACAUCUAGCCAUUCCACUGAUUGAUCUGUUUAUAUGUGCGAGUUCAAAUUCAUUAGUAUGCCUCUCAGUCCCCAAGCAGGGCCAGGCAUUCCAUGCAUUCCAUCACUCUCUUUUGUUCCUGACCAGUCAGUCGCUGAUGGGAAAGAUGUACCUCAUCACAAGAAUGUACACCCUGGAUUCUGACUGUUUGGUCUACUUCACUAUGUUCAAAAGAGAGUCCUUGUAUAGAACUCAAGUCUUACAAGUGUAGUAACUAUGAAAGAGUGUACAAGAAAGAGGGAUAACAUGUUGUUGUGGGACUUUAGCCUUCCCAUAUAAACAUUUUAACAAGGAGUGGUGAUUUCAUUUUUAUGCAAUAUUAUAUGAUGGUAUGUUCAAUCUCUCACUGCAAGUGACCAUACGGAAAGCACUGUGCAUGUGAAACAUUUGCUAAAGCAUAUCAUACAUUUUUAAAUGUCAUUAUAGAUAUUUUACUUCAUGGUCAGGUAUGCCUUUGGUGUAUGUGUGCUAUAGCAUGAGUCCAAAGUUAAACUGUACAAUGAUCAGAAUGAAUCCUUCCUUAAACAUCCUCUCCUCUUUUUCUCCCAGAUUAACGGCACAGUGACAGAGAACCUGUCGUUAAUAGAUGCUAAGAAGCUGAUCGAGAGGUCAAAGGGCAAGUUAAAGAUGGUGGUGCAGAAAGAUGAUAGAGCCACGUUGCUCAACAUCCCUGAUAUGGACGACAGCAUUCCCUCUGGCAACAACUCAGACCGAGACGGUGAGAGAGCUCUGUGUGUUCUCUAUAGGAGGGUAGCAUCAUCCAAUCUCAUGUUUAACAACCUCAUAUUGAUUAACAACAUUUUGUUUAGCUCACAAUAUGGCAUGAUAUUGUGAGGGUGCAAUUUUUCAGAGGUAUUUGAAAAGGAAAGCUUACUACUUAAUAUUUUUUCUACUGAUUUCUCAUUUCUUUGAAGUUUACUUGUCAUGGUUCAAUCGUCAUAUUAAACACCACUUUGUUCUAACAGACAUUUCAGAAAUUCAUUCACUGACAUCAAACCAUUCCACUCGAUCCCAUGAUCGAGCACGGGGCAGUCGAUCCCGCUCCCCUACCCGUUCUGAGCCCUCAGACCCCUGCCGACACUCACCACGGCAGAUCAGCAAUGGCAGGUAAGGAAAACACACACACGCUUCACACACACACACACACACACACACACACACACACACACAUUACACAAUCGUCAUGGGACACACAGCUGUCAUACAUAUCACACAGUCACCCACAGCGCUGCAACUCAAGCCUCAUCAUACAUCAUGUUAAAACCCAUAAGUGGUUAGUUAGUGUUAAUCACCAGCACUUCUAGAGGGCUGUGUAUAAAUCAAUAGAUAGUGAAGACACAGGAUGAAUAGAACAGAAAGAUGUGCCUCUAUAAACCCAGCAGUCCCAUAAUGACCUGCUGUAGGGGUCAGAGGUCACAGAGAGCCAGAGGAGAGGAUAUUGACGCUUUUCCACAUAGAUGUCCCAUCCCCUGCACCCCUCCCUAUAGCUCACCAUAUAGUCUCCCUAUAUACAGUGUCCAUAAUAACUCAUCACAACCUAAAGGAAACCCCCACCACCAGCUUGAAAUGGGCCAGAGCAUCAGUCAGUACAGUGAUAACUAUAUAUUUGAUAAACUGUCUAAAUAUUAACGUGCCUCGUUUCUUCCAUUUUCCCAGUCAUUUAAAUGUUUUGUGUUUCUUUCCUCUGUUGCACAAUUUUCUCUUCCCAUCUCCUCAGUUGGAGGCUAAAGUAAGUUUGCGUGGAAAGCAGCAGUAACCGGCUUUGACAGACAUGUAGUAGUGGUGACUGGCUUGCCUGCAUAGCUGCCUUUGUAGAUAGUCGCUAGACAGAGAAGUAGACCAGUAGAUGAGGUGCCUUGACAGAGCGAGGCUUGACAGUUCCUCUCAGAUUGGACAGGGGGCUUGGCACUGUUAGCCGGGCUGACUGUAUGUAGUGUGUUGAUGCCAGAGGGGCUGGAGGGAGGGAUAGAGCUGUGGAAGGAAAGGCUGCUGCUGGUUUCUGAUCACACGGCCUGCCUGCCGUAUUUUUACAUUUUUACAUUUUAGUCAUUUAGCAGAAGCUCUUAUCCAGAGCGACUUACAGUUAGUGAAUACAAUUAUUAUUAUUAUUUUUUAUUUUUUAUACUCUCCCCCCCUGGGAAUCGAACCCACAACCCUGGCGUUGCAAACGCCAUGCUCUAUCAACUGAGCUACAUCCCUGCCGGCCAUUCCCUCCCCUACCCUGGACGACGCUGGGCCAAUUGUGCGCCGCCCAUGAGUCUCCCGGUCGCGGCCGGCUGCGACAGAGCCUGGAUUCGAACCAGGAUCUCUAGUGGCACAGUUAGCACUGCGAUGCAGUGCCUUAGACCACUGCGCCACAGCAAUUAACCAGGAUGGGGAUGGAUUGCCCAGAUGGAGCUCGUGUCUCUCUCUCUGGCAGAAGGCUCUGAGCCCUGGAGGAGAGGCUCUGUAGAACGAAAGCCCUGGAUUCAAAACGAAACGCAACACAACUCAAGUCAAGUGUUCUGCUUCCAAACUCUACCAUUUGCUCUAUGCCCUCUCCUGGUGUGGCUAUUGAUGCUGCAGAGCACAUGUAUGGAAGGUCAGAUACCUGAAAAUGCCCUAUUCAUUUGAGAUUCUGCAAGCAUUGGAUCUGUCUAUUAUUUUUGAAUCACAGUGAACAGUCCUAUUUAUUUGACAGAUUUCACAUAGAUUUAGCAUCCCAUAGCCCCCUGUAGUUGCUGAGCACUCUGUGUUUGUACCUUGUCUUUAGCUCUCUCCUCAGUGCUGCUGUACUGUAGUGUGUUGUAGACAUCCUGAUAUGAUGGUAUUAAUGCAGAUAAGCAGCUGUACCAUUGAUCUGAAAUGGAAAAACUGACAGCCGGUUGGUUGGUACUUCGUGGCGGCACUGGUCUCUCCUCUCUGCUCUGGGUCUAAACCCCAAGCCCUGUCAGCCCAUAUGGAAUCAGAUGAAUGGCAAUCAACAACUCCAUGGAAAACGUAAUUCCCACUGGAGGCAGUGGAGAAAAUUGUGUAAUGGCAUUAAAGUCAGUUCGUGAUAAUAAUAAUAAUAAUAAUAUGCCAUUUAGCAGACGCUUUUAUCCAAAGCGACUUACAGUCGUGCGUGCAUACAUUUUUGUGGUCCCGGGGAUCGAACCCACUACCUUAGCGUUACAAGCGCCGUGCUCUACCAGCUGAGCUACAGAGGACCACAGAUCAGAGGCUGGAAUGAAUGCCUGGCUAGAUAGAUACUAGAUAUCUGGAGGGACCAAUUGUUAGUGAUUUACAGCUGCCUGUUUGUCACCAAGCCACUCCAGUAACCAACUGCCGUAAAUCAGCCCCAAUGUAACUGUCAACAACACUGUGGAAUAACAAUUCUUGUCUCAAUGCAGGAACACAGGGACAUUCUUACACAGAAUACUCCCACUGUAAGUGUCACAAUGUCACAAAACCACUGUGCAAGUAGUUGUUGAGACCAUCCUAGAGUUUAGGCUAGUACUUAGUUUAGUACUAUUGAUCUACCUCUCUCUUUCUGUCUUGUUUUUUUCCACAGUUAGCCUUUAGGUUUGGGAUAUUGAAAUGGUGUUUUAUGUCUUUGUGUCCAUACACAAUGAGUAACAUAUUACAUGUUGUAUUCCUGAACCUUGUGCUUUGUAUUGAUGAGCCUUGAGCACUUUGUUUGAAUUUUGGUAGUCUAGUUCUCCGCCAUACAUGGUUCGCGCUUUAUGAAUGUCAGGCAAGAGGGACUAGAAUUUUGGUAAAUGGCAUGGACAGGGAUUGGCUAUAACCAGACCAGUAUGCAUGCAGGAGUCAUCACAGUAUGUAUUAGCUAUGCAGGAGGCCAGGCAGGAAUUUGACACACUUCCCACAGAGAUUUGCCCCAGUACCAGAUGGUUCACAUAAUUGAGGUUUUCUCUAUAGUUCAAUAGGUUUUUCUCUUGUCCCUGUGAGAAAAUAUUCCAUAAUAUGCAAUCAGGUCGUCAUUGUAAUCAAGACUUGACUAAUUGACUUACCUGUAUAAAUAAAGGUGAAAUACGUCUUUGUGAGAGUACCAUCUAUUAUGGUUUUCUAUGCAGAUAAUUUUGAGGUUUUGAAGUAAUUCAUGUUCAGCAGUCUGAACUGUGACCUAGUGUUACAGUUAGCCUCCUGCUCAAAUAACUAAAUAAAAAAUAGCUGUGCAAAAGUCCCAUUUUAGAUGGCUGUUUUGACAGUGGUCUAUGGGAAUUACAAAAUAAAAGCAUCCCUCUUUGCAUGAUGCGAAACAUUUUAUCACAGCAAGAUCAUUGUGGUGCUAUGUCCAUUUAUACAGUGUAACCUUAGAUUGACGCCACAGGAGGAAAUAAGAAACAGAUUGCAGAUUUGUGCUUUGGUCCUUGUGUACUGUGUUUAGAAAAGGAGAGCAGAGAGAGAGAAAGGAGGGAGGGAGGCUAGGUGAAAGGACAGCCGUACGUAGGGAUUUAUGUUUAGUCUAUGUGUUGCCUCUUAACACCAUUCCGCCCAGGACAGGGCAGGGGAGAUUUAGGACAGGGACGGGGACAGGGGCCGCUGCCAGGACAGGCCAACAGGCCCUCUCUGACUGACUGACGGACGGACAAAUAGACAGAUAGACAGGCGAUUAUAGCUUUGUUGAAAUUCAUCCCUUGCAACGCAGGCUACCCUGCAUGUACUGCAGCCCUUUUUAAUAUCUCUUUAUCUCUACAGUCCCCAAUGCACUCUGAAAUAUAAAAGCAUUAUCAGGAAUUCCACUGUUGAAUAAUUGUAAUGGGAGACGUUUGAUGGAGUGUUUUCAUUUGUUCUCACAAAGACAGGAAAUAGAAUAUUAGGAAAGGCAAUUGUCACCAUUUCACUUUUCAAGCUAACAGGUUUUGGUUUUGCUGUUGUUUGAGUCUGAUUUUGUCUUUGGGAAGUGAGUGUUUGUUAUCCUGUGACAGUCCUGUGUGAGGGAGUGAGUGAGUGUUGGGUGUAAGAUGGUGGCACAGUCAGGCUGUAAUGUAGCCUACCGCUACAUUCCUCCCAUGUAAAAAGCUGCUGGACGCUGGCUGGAGUGCUGUGCCAGCUCUGGGGUCAUGUGACCAGACUGGAAUUCGCCCAUUGUUUGCCAAAUAGAGCUGCAGUGCUGUUGGGGCUGCAGAGACGGAGCAGAGAGCGUUCCUCCUCCCUUGUUUUCUCCCCCUCACAAAGUACAGCAUCUGAUCUGAACACUCAGUGCCUGGCUGCCGUGAGCUGGAGCUGCGACUGGCUCUGGCAGGUAUACAGUACUGCUGCUGUGGUUUGGGUUAGAAGGUUGAGAAGGGAAAUGGAAUGAAUCAUUUGUAAUGCACACAGUUCUCAAUGAAAACAUUUUAGAAAAAUGUCAGCUUCGGUAUGACUCUGAUUAGUGUUUCUGGUCUCUGUGUGGUUGUCAGUGAUACUGUAGGGUUGAGAGGAGAGUCUCUAGACCACACAGCUAAAGGCACCUGGAGUCUGCGCUGCUGCUGAUGCAGCCAAUGCAGAGGUGAAACCGAGGCCAGCAGAGAAUAGGUCUGACCCCAUAAACAUGUAGUUCAAAUAGUUUGAGACGAAGACAGCCAUCCUCCUUUUAACUGCUUAUUGUUUUUUGGCCAUUCUUUACUGUUCCUAAUGCCUUAUCAUUCAUUCCACGCUGUGAUGUCAAUAACAUGGCGCUCUCAUAACUACACACACACUCCAUCACUGUAGCUACGUCCCAGGGCUAAAACAACAGGACCUUAGUCUUGUUCUCCACGCAGCCUGUGUAGUAAGCUCUGUUAUUAGUUCUAUAGAACAGAUCCCCUCUCGUACUACAUUGGUUUGUCUUCUAUACUUUAUCUAUUUUAAUUAGACUCAGGGUUCAUCCAUCCACCUUUCUAUUCUCUCUUCACAAUUGCUACCAUUCUUCAUCUCACAGUGUAGGCCUACAAAGGAAAUAAUGAACUGUUUCUUUUUCUAGCCACAGAAGUCGAGAUGAGGAGAGGAUUUCCAAGCCCGGGGUGAUGUCGACUCCUGUUAAAGGGUCCCAGGAGGCCCUAGUCCAAGCCAUCAGCGACCAGCCACUGGCCAGAGAGGACAAACUGCCCCCGCUGCCAGGUCAGUCAGGGCCCCCGCUGGCUCCACAGCAAAACCUGUCUAACUGCCUGAACCAAAACAGGCCGUGACACUCCUCUGUACUGUGCCUAUCCCUCUCUGCUUCCCCCUCUCCUGCCCCCUCCCUCACCUCCACCCUGGAUUGGAAUGCACUCUGUACUCCUGUCCCACAUAUCAGAAAAGUCCAGCCCAUAGUACUCUAGUCCAUUCCUCUAGUGCAGCCUUUCUUAAAGUAUGGGUCGCGACCCAAAGUGGGUCACGGACAUGUUAAUGGUGGGUCGUGACAUGUCAGAGUAAAAAAAUAUAUAUAUACACACUACCGGUCAAAAGUUUUAGAACACCUAAUCAUUCAAGGGUUUUUCUUUAUUUUUUAUUAUGCCAAGAGUGUGCAAAGCUGUCAUCAAGGCAAAGGGUGGCUAUUUGAAGAAUCUCUUGUUUAACACUUUUUUGGUUACUACAUGAUUCCAUAUGUGUUAUUUCAUAGUUUUGAUGUCUUCACUAUUAUUCUAAAAUGUAGAAAAUAGUAAAAAUAAAGAAAAACCCUUGAAUGAUUAGGUGUUCUAAAACUUUUGACUGGUAGUGUAUAUAUAUUUUUUUUGGAACUCAGUCGGGGGUCUCAACUUACUGUUGAGAGUUAGAAUAGUAUAAUUCACAAGGUGCAAUUUCGAAAUUUGGUUGUGCCUCAGCAAUUUUUCUCUUGUCAUGUCAGUCACUGACAGUCACUUAAUUAGCCAUGUCAGCUAACAAUUUUUUGUAUUGCUAAGUUAGUAUAGCCAGCUAUCUACAGUAAACUUUUAGUAAUCAUGAACCAGAGGAGGCUGCUGGGAGGAGCUAUAGUAGGACGGGCUCAUUGUAAUGGCUGGAAUGGAAUAAAUGGAACGGACCUCACCUCGCUUUGUGCACGGGGGCAUUGUCAUGCUGAAACAGGAUCUUCCCCAAAGUGUUGCCACAAAUUUGGAAGCACAGAAUCAUCUAGAAUGUAAUUGUAUGCUGUAGCAUUAAGAUUUCCCUUCACUGGAACUAUGGGGCCUAGCACGAACCAUGAAAAACAGCCCCAGACCAUUAUUCCUCCUCCACCAAACUUUACAGUUGGCACUAUGCUUUCAAAUCAAAUUGAUUUGUCACAUACACGUGUUUAGCAGAUGUUAUAGCGGGUGUAGCGAAAUGCUUUGGGGCAGGUAGCGUUCUCCUGGCAUCUGCCAAACCCAGAUUCAUCCGUCGGACUGCCAGAUGGUGAAGCGUGAUUCAUCACGCCAAAGAAUGUGUUUCCACUGCUCCAGAGUCCAAUGGCGGCAAGCUUUUCACCACUCUAGCCGACACUUGGCAUUUCCCAUGGUGAUUUUAGGCUUGUGUGUGGCUGCUCGGCCAUGGAAACCCAUUUCAUAAAGCUCCCGACUAACAGUUAUUGUGCUGACGUUGCUUCCGGAGGCAGUUUGGAAGUCGGUAGUGAGUGUUGCAACCGAGGACAGAUGAUUUUUACGCACUUCAGCACUGUGCGGUUCUGUGAGCUUUUGUGGCCUACCACUUCGCGGCUGAGCCGUUGUUGCUCCUAGACGUUUCCACUUCACAGUAACAGCACUUAAAGGUGGCAUCCUAUGCCGGUGCCACAUUGAAAGUCACUGAGCUCUUCAGUAAGGCCAUUCUACUGCCAAUGUUUGUCUAUGGAGAUCGCAUGGCUGUGUGCUCGAAUCAACUAAUUUGAAGGGGUGUCCACAUACUUUUGUGUAUAUGUAGUGUAUUUUGCCGGCAAGGUCGGGGGGCACCUCAAACCAAAUCACGCUUAGGGCCCCCAAAAGGGGGCAUGUUUUCAUGAGCUUGGGUCCCAGGAAAACACUGAGUUUCUCAAGAACCCCUGCUCUAGUGUUAAGUAAUGUUGACCUAUUCCUAUCCCUUAGCUAUUUAACCCUAACUCCGAUAUAGUCAUAACCACUACAUUCACAUUCCUCUACCAGGUCAGUCUGUUUACAUGUGUGUGUGUGAUCAUACUAUCAGUAUGUGACAGUAGUGUGUGUGUGUUGGUCCUGUAGAACCAAAGCCAGUGUAUGCCCAGCCUGGUCAGCCUGAUGUGGACCUGCCAGUCAGCCCCUCUGAUGCCCCAGUACCCAGCGCUGGUCAUGAUGACAGCAUCCUCAGGUAACCCUCAGUCCUCCUGUUAAAGCCAUGUUAUUAUUUCCAUUAUGUUGUACCAUGUUAUUUGCUGAAUUGUAAUAGCUCCCUGUAGAACAGUAGUGUCUAAACGUCUGUCUGUGUAUGACGCCCACUCCCCAUGCAGGCCGAGUAUGAAGCUGGUGAAGUUUAAGAAGGGGGAGAGUGUGGGCCUGAGGCUGGCUGGAGGGAACGACGUGGGCAUCUUUGUAGCCGGAGUCCUGGAGGACAGCCCAGCUGCCAAGGAAGGUCUGGAGGAAGGAGACCAGAUUCUCAGGGUAAGAAAUCUAUCUCAUACAGUAGUAUCUGCUUUACACUUUUGUAUUAUUAUUAGCUGUUGGGUAUGUUUCAUCACUUAAUGAUUGUCACAUGUUUUGUUAACAGGCCAUUGUAAAGUUUCUCUUUUGAAAGUGCACAGGAUGUGUGGUUUGAUGUGUUCUUUUCCACAGUAGAUAGUGUUAAAGGGUAUGUUCUGUACUGUACUAGGUGGAGAACACCUGCUGUAGUGCUAGUAACGGUCUCAUCGCUGCCCACGCUUAGUUGGAAACACUUUGUGGAACUAUGUGACCCACUAGCCUUGUGUUACUGUGUGGUCACUGGUCAUAGUGAUGUUAGAUAGAAAAUGGUAAUUACAGUGAAUCAGUGUGAGGUUAACGCCUGGCUCUUCUCUUCUCGGUCUGUCUUUCCUUUGUUUACGCUGAACCACACAAUAGAGGUCAUUGUUGUUGUUCUCAGGCCCUGUCUGAAGGAUUGGACUCAUUGUUGAUGGAAGUCCCCUCUGAUAUCAGAGUUGGAUUCAUUUAAUCAUGUUUAUCACUAGCCACACAUUUUAAUGAAACACAUCAUGCUUUGUGUUCCUCCCACACCACAUUAAGGGUCAUGAUGGUAUGUGAGGAGGACUAACUCCUCUUUGCUAGCCUCCCUCCCUGCUGUACAAACACAUCUCUAGACUCCGCACUAUUCCCUAUGAAUGGGCUUCCAGGAAUAUGUCUCAAACAGCACCCUAUUCACUAUAUAGUGCACUACUUUUGACGUUUUCACUAUGUAGGGAAAAGUAGUGCACUAUAGCUAAUAGGGUGCUAUUUCAGACACUGCCCAGGAUGUUGUUUUCCACCCCUGGGCAGUGAGCCUGUGAGUGUUUCCUGGCCUUCACAGUGUGACUAGUUGAGAUAAAGACUUGAAUUCUCCUUUCUGAGGAGGAUAAAGGUUGUUCUCUCUAUGAUUCAACCCCAUGUGUUCCUGGUUCAAACGCUGGCUCUGCAGCAGGAUAAAUAAAGUUGAUAUUGUGCUGGGGACUGCAGGGGUUGAGGUGGGGAAGUAGACUGACCUGAACCCUGGAGAGCUGAAAGUCUCUGUUCUCCUCUCUCCCUCCUCUCUGUAGGUAAACAACGUAGACUUUGCUAACAUCAUCCGAGAGGAGGCUGUGCUGUUCCUCCUAGACCUUCCCAGGGGUGAAGAGGUCACCAUUCUGGCCCAGAAGAAGAAGGAUGGUGAGUAACAUGAGGGGGAAAACAGAUGUUAGAUGAAUGCACGUUAGGAUCUUGACAGGGGCUGAGAGUGUAUAGGUUUGAGUUUGCACAGAAACACACAUUUUAAGUUAACCUGGUUACAUGUGAACUUUACACACGCCUUCAAUUGUAGACCUGAACAUUUCUACCUACUUAAUUUCUUCUUCUACCAAUUUCCCUCAAUUCCAGUGUACCGGCGGAUAGUGGAGUCGGAUGUGGGCGACUCGUUCUACAUCCGGACCCACUUUGAGUAUGAGAAGGAGUCUCCGUACGGCCUGAGCUUCAACAAGGGAGAGGUGUUCCGUGUUGUGGACACCCUCUACAACGGCAAGCUGGGCUCCUGGCUCGCCAUACGCAUUGGCAAGAACCACCAGGAGGUGGAGAGAGGCAUCAUCCCCAACAAGAACAGGUAGAAUACAGUAGAGAGACAUCAUCCCCAACAAGAACAGGUAGAAUACAGUAGAGAGGCAUCAUCCCCAACAAGAACAGGUAGAAUACAGUAGAGAGACAUCAUCCCCAACAAGAACAGGUAGAAUACAGUAGAGACAGGGGAAGGGGGUGGUGGUGGGGUCGACAGCAUUAGUCAAAUAAGACACCAGCAGCCUUCCUGUCGGUGUAGAUAUGGUAAACAACAACACUAACAUAAGAUGAUGAACUAGGCUGUGUAAAGUAGGACACAUUAACAUCACCCCUAGUCUCAAUUACGCGAGUGACAACUGUUCUAGUGAGAAGGCAUUUGCACUAUGAGUCCUGUGAGGGUAGGAGACUAUCUAUUCAUAAUGAAACAGCAGUCUCUCAUGGUGUCUAGGCCUGCCCUGAUCUACAGCCCCUGGCUAUGUUUAGAGAGAGAUAGAGAUUCCACACCAUGGUGUAGACAGGGGAACCUCACAGUGCUCCCAACAUACCAGCGUGACACAGAUAUUUAUCACAUGCAUACAUUAACGUAACCAUUAUACAUGGUGCACCGCGGCUACUCUGCCACGUUGUGUCCCUGGCCAUGCCUGUGUCCUCUUCAGUCAAAUGUUUACUGAAUUCUAGAUUCUAUUAAGGUAUAGAAGUAUUUCAGAAUAGAAUAGAAGUUGUGGAGAAUAACAGGGAUUUACAUGACACAUUGGAUAACUGCACUAAUAAAAAAUGAACUGAUGCCAUGUUGGCAGUUUCCAUUGAAAUCCAAUCAUUGAAUCCAUUGCCUGUUGCCUGACACCUCUCUGUUCCCCCUCCCACAGGGCAGAGCAGUUGUCCAGUGUGCAGUACACCCUCCCCAAAACGCCAGGGGGCGACAGGGCUGACUUCUGGAGGUUCCGUGGUCUGCGGACCUCCAAGAGGAACCUGAGGAAGAGCAGAGAGGACCUGUCGGCCCAGCCGGUCCAGACCAAGUUCCCUGCCUAUGAGAGGGUGGUGCUGAGAGAGGGUAGGUGGUAUCCAGAACAGGGUCCAUGGAUUCGUCACAAUACCUCAACUAGCUUACCACUGAGAAUGCUUUCCCAGUACAUUGCUUCAUUCUAAAAGGUAUGCUAGUGUGAAAAUUGGAAUGCAGCCAUGUGUUUGUUGGCUACAAAUUCGGCCUUGAGAGGCAUUGAUUCUGUCAAAUAUGGUGUUGUUUUGUGUCUUCUGUUAUCCAGCUGGGUUCCUGAGGCCUGUGGUGAUCUUUGGGUCCAUCGCUGACGUGGCAAGAGAGAAGCUGGCCAGAGAGGAGCCUGACCUGUUUGAGCUGGCCAGUGAGUAGCCUUUAGCUAGCCAUUAGUAGCCAUCUCACUGUCUGUCUCAGCCAUGUCACAACACACAGCUGGAGGAACACAGGACUUAGAGCUGCUCUGUGUUAGAGAUUAGAGGACCCCCUCAUCUGCCUACUCCAGGUCCACUUGAGGGAAUAGCUAGCUCCUUUAGCUUGUAGUGUUCAUUCUAACACCCUCAACAGUAUUGAAUUUAAAUUAUCCUAAGUGCACUACUCCAAAUUCCACAUGUAAAGUGAUUCCAGCCCUGGACGUAUUUUGCGUAACCUAUAUCUCUGUAAACCUUGUAUUUUCUUUUCAGAAACACAGCAACAUGAAGGAGUGGAAAGUAUGUCAUUAAGUGCAUCAACUUGUUUUUAUCAGUGUUAGUUAGGUGGUAAUGUAUGGCCUGAUUCAGCCUGUAGGGAGGUUGUGUAAUGACUGACUGUAGCUAGUAAUAGAGCAUGUACACAUGGCACAGUCAAUAUCCUAUAGAAAAUAAGCUGCAUACAUAACAGUACUAGUCUUCAUUAUUCAUUCCCAAGCCCCUAAUGUCUGUGUGUGGAUAACACCAUAAUCUAUACUUAAAAUGUGAACUUUACAUUUGAUUGGAGAAGAUGCCUUAUGACAUUGGUGUGUUUAUGACUGAAAUUGUAAGGGCUAGUGAUGUUAGCACUCUGCUUUCUAGAAUGCUGCUUUUGUAGGGUUGAGUGGUGGAAGAUAAGAGGCCAUUUCUGCACCAGAUCCUGUGCUAAUAGUGUUGAGAUCUGAGUAGUGAAACUGCACCCAGGUCAGCUGGCCUCUCUAAGGGUCGUUACCUUGUGGUAGCAGAUAGACAGAUAAGGCCAGGCUAGCCAUGUUUACAUAAUGAACCUUUUAGAACAUUCCUGCUUAACUCCCCUGACAUUUAUAUCCAUUUUAAAUUGAAAUCAUCAAUCUAUUUGAAAUGAUUCCCUAUCUUCUUGAAUGUGCAUUAUCCCACUUCAAUGCUUUUCACACAUGUAACACAUUUCCUGCAUUGCGGAUUAUACUGUACUGUAAUGUCUGUAGUUGCACGUGCACAUUCAUAAUGACACUACCUCUAUUUUAUGUUUUGAAAUGUGCUUAAAGCAUAUUGCAUGCAUUGGGGUGAAGGUAAUGAGCUGAGAUGUAUAGUGAGCUCUGCAGUAAUAUGGCACAGUAACACUGUCCCUUCUCCCCUCUACAGAGAGUGAACCAAGAGACGCAGGAAAAGACCAGCGCAGCUCCGGGAUCAUUCGCCUCCACACCAUUAAACAGAUCAUUGACCGGGUGAGUGAGACCACUUACUACACGGAUACGCAUGCAAACAAACACACACACACACACACACACACACACACACACACACACACACACACACACACACACACACUCUUACUUAAAGCACAUGCAGUACACACACACAUGCAUCGAUACAGACUCAUCCAUGGCUCACUACUGCUCUCUGGUGUUCAUGGAAUUAUGAACAUUUUUAUUUGGCCAAUAUAUGAAAAAUAUAGUUAAAAACAGCAAUCUGAGCAAACCUUUUAGUAUUUAGAUGAAAUAUUAAUUAUUUAUUUUGGGGGGGAUGUCCUUAGGACAGGCAUGCUGUGCUGGACAUUACCCCCAACGCGGUGGACCGUCUGAACUACGCCCAGUGGUACCCCAUCGUGGUGUUCCUCAACCCAGACAGCAAGCAGGGCGUCAAGACCAUGAGAACCAGGCUGUGCCCCGAGUCCAGGAAGUCAGCCAGGAAACUCUACGAGAGAGCCCUCAAACUGAGGAAGAACAACCACCACCUCUUCACCAGUGAGUUUCUAUGGGAGGGAGGGGAAGAGAGAAAUAGUGAAAAUGAGUGGGAGGUAGAAAUAAAAAUGUCUCUCAGAGAGAGAGAGAUGGAGUGAGAGAGGCUAGGGCUGCGUGCUGUAUUGUAGUGUAGGGCUGCGUGCUGUACUGUAGUGUGGACCAAGGGCACAACUUUGGUUAUAAUCCAGUCGGAUAAACACUCCAAACAGCCUACCCGACCGCUCGUAGGCGACCGCAUGGUGCUAAAGCACACCGUUGCCUCGUUUUGUAUCACAUUCCAAUGAUAAAACUGGUGGGGGGAUUUACCCCAGUGAAAGUGGCACCCCUGGUGCGGACUAUGAGCCGGUGACACAGUACAGUCAGUGUCUUAGCGGGGUGCUGUUCUCUGUGUCCCCUCCUCCUCACGCAGGCAGGGCUGCUCAGGGCUCCGAGCUAACCUCUCACAGGACCCCAGCCGUCAUUACCCAUUCCCUGCACAGCCCUGCCCCGUUUGAAAUGGGAUGCGUCUCCUCAUUUUUGACCGUCUGCUGGCAAUAAAGAGAGAGAUUCCAGGAGAGCAGAGAGCACACAUCCAGCCUCUCCUCUCUCCUCCACGUUGAGUUACUCCACAUGGGUCUGUAGAUGAAGCACACUGCCUGGUAUUUUUAGAACAAGCCUAUAGAGAGAGAGAGAGAACAACAGAUAAGUGUCACCUGUGGUAUUUGUGUAAGGUCAAAUAGAUUGACACCUGCCAGGCAGCACCUUAAACUUGAGUGUUGUUGGACUCAUGACAGCUCAUAGUUAAAACAGUGGUAAUAAAAUGUUUGCACACUGCAACAACCGGUGCUGAGCCAAGACAAGACAGGCUUUUAGCAAACAGCUUUGGGAUGAUACAAGCAGUGAUACUAGAAAUAAGCUUUCCCCUCAUGUAGAAUAAUAAUUAAUCAUCAAUCUGAAUCAAUGAUAAUUACUUACUAGUUCAGGGCCCGGCUUCCCAAAAGCAUCUUAAGGUUAAGUUAAUUGUUAGAACCUUCGUAGGAGCAUCGUUAAAUCUCAGAGCUGUUUCCCAAAACCAUUGUUAUUGAUGUUGCACUUGAAAACAAUCGUAAUCUAAUGCCUGCCACAGACCACUCAUAGAACAGCUAAAUGCGUCUAUUUUUUGCCCUCCCGCGUCACUUUAUACACAGAAGAUCUCUGCUAAACAUAGAAUCACAUGGUUUAUCCGUCUCUCUGUGACUGCCAAUAACUUCAGAACAAUGUUGACUACAAAAUACAAAGUUGCCAAUGUCUUUGCAAUUGAUACAAACAAGCUGCGUAUAAAAAGAUGAUUCAAAUGAAAACCGAGAUGAUUGCAUUCAAAUAUAAACACUAGGCUAUAGGCCUAUUUCAAUCAUAUUGAAAUACAUUUUAUGUUCAAUCAAUUUAGUUAUAUUUUGCUACUUGUAGGCUACUGUCUGUAAUUUGUCUCAAUACACACUGAGUGUACCAAACAAAUACACCAAACAAAUAUCUCUCUAGGAGCUAAUCCGUUGUCAGUAUUGUGAAAUCAUUUGAAUGUUAAGGUAAUAUUUUAAUGGAGAAAGUUGAUCCUAGAGCAGUGCCUCCUUUCUGUGGAUCCUAUCAGUAUCGACACAUGCUCCAACGGCGCGAUAAGCCACCAUUCUCUCUGCCAGGUGUUUUCAAAGUUCCAUUGCCAUCGGGAAACCGGGCUCUGGUGUGUUUAUCAUAAUGGUUUUUCAUGAGGUUAUGAGAACAGUUUUUCACAGUGAUUAUGAUAAUUGUGUUAUUGGUUGUCUGGGUUCAUUUGAGGUGCUUUGUCUCUGCUCUUAUCCUUCCCAAGCCACCAUUAACAUGAAUAAUAUGAAUGACGGGUGGUAUGGUGCACUGAAGGAUACCAUUCAACAGCAGCAGAACCAGCUGGUGUGGGUUUCAGAGGGCAAGGUAGGACACUCAGCACUGAGACUAACAUCAUCAAACACUUACCAAUACAUUUCACGUUAAUGAAAAUGUUCUAUUCAAAAUAAAUGCCGGACAAUUUUUAUAUACCAUUUAUUUUGUGCAUUAAUUAAUAAUAGUUUUUCUUUGCCAUUCAUUUCUCUGUCUCUCCUCACUGUAAUAUUGCUGCUUCUGCUCUUUCUUUCUCUCCAUUUCCCCUCUCUCUCUCUUGUCCCUCUCCCCUGCUCUCCUCCUGUUUUGUCUCCCCAGGCGGACGGUGCUCCAGAUGAUGACCUGGAUCUGCAUGAUGACCGACUGUCGUACCUGUCGGCUCCGGGCAGUGAGUACUCCAUGUACAGCACAGACAGCCGCCACACCUCCGACUACGAGGACACGGACACAGAGGGCGGGGCCUACACCGACCAGGAACUAGACGAGACGCUGAACGACGAGGUGGGCCUGCCCACUGAGCCCGCCAUCACCCGCUCCUCGGAGCCCGUCCGAGAGGACCCUGCCAGUCAUCCAGGAGCCCCUGGGGUACGGCGGGUACCAGCACACAGUGCAGCCCGACCCCCUGAACCGGAUCGACCCAGCCGGGUUCAAGGCACCAGUGGCCCAGCAGGUACCGUUUAUGAGAGCCGUGCAUCUGCCCUGUUGUCUGGAAUCCGUGGUGUGCGUGAGGAGGGUGUUCUGGCGCCGCUAUUGAAGCAGUGUUUUAAAACAGUAUUAUCUACUAACACAAAACAAAACAAAGAAAAACAAAAAAGAUGGAAAGAAAAUGUGUGGCCACUUAAGUAUUUAUUCACUAUCGUUGUUUGUGUGUGUGUUUUUUUUAUUUUUGGAGAAAAAAAAGCAAGAAUAAGCUUGACUGUUAUAAUCAGUAUUCACGACCUGUGUUAGUGUGACUGUUUUUGUUGAUGUCGAUGUUCUCACUGAGGAUAAGUUUUGUGUCUGUCAAGUGUCUGUAUCGGUACCCACCUAUGUGCUCUUCCUAGUUGUUUCACUUGUGAUUCGGACUGAUACCGUGAUACCAGAAAGUAUUAUGUGCAUGUUGGAAAUGUCAGUGUUAACCACGUAUUGCUGUAAAUGUAUUUAUCUGGGUCGAUUCGGCCGGUAUGAUAUCCACAAAAAGUUUGUCUUCUGAUGUGUAAACAAAAAAAAAGAGAAAAAGGAAAAGAAAACAUUGUACUGUAAUCUAGAAUUAAAAUCGAAUCAGACUACAUUAACAACAGAAACUUUGUCCUGUUGCAAAUUCUUACAUGGCAGAUUGAUCAUCUAAAGCCAUCAGUUGAAUUUGGUCCGAGGAUGGUGAGUUAAUGAGUCGGUCGGUGGAGGAGCUACAGAGCCGAGGGGCUGUAAGACGCCGUAACGUUAACAUUAGUGAGGGUGUAUCUCCCUCCUGCAGUUGCACCGUGUGUUAAACGUUUCUGAACCACUUCACAGAAUGAGAAAGCAGAGGCUGUUCCGGCCACCAUGCCUAUCCUCCCCCAGCAGCCUGAGUUACUGGCUGUGACAGAGGCAGCGCCCCCUGCUGUCUACAACACUGUAAAUGGUGUAGCGGGUUUGAGCCAUGGUUUGAGCCCUGGCCCUAUCGCUGCUCCCCAGAGCGAACCCAGCCCAGGCCCCGGCCCCGAGGCUGACUCGCUUAGGAUGCCCACCCCUGAUCUAGCUCAGCCCCUGGCCCCGGCCCCAACACCCGAACCCCUACAAUCCGGAACGCCCAGUUCAGAACCACAGGUACCCAUCGUCUGGACGUGGCCUGGCCCGGCCGACCCCGCUGUCGGUCCGCUUUGGCCUGUCGCUGCCUGCCUGUGUACCGCCCGCCACGCUUUCCUUUCACUCUUGCAUGCCUGCCCGCUGUCCACUGUGUGCUUCUGAAAGAGAGAGACUGUGUGUGUCUGAGCACUCGUAAACAACAGUGGGCUUCUUGGAGGAGUGUAUAGACUGAUUGCUGCAUUGGUGUGGUACCUAUAUAGAGAAGAGCAGCGAAGAACCUGAGGCUCUCACUGUUGCUUACCCUCUUUGCAUGGCUACAACAUGUUUCAGUUGGUUUCUCUUUUCUGUUUUAAACGUAGCAGUAGAACUGAUAGUAGUGGUGUAUUGGUUGAUGCAGACUGAAUGGACCAUUUAAUUAUAUCCAUUUAUUUGGCGACAUUCUCUUAAAGUCAUCAAUCAGUAUUUUUGACAUUUUAUUGGACGUUUUAUUCCCUGAAUUUGAAAUGUAGCCAUUCUGCUCCAACUGUGGCGUAUACAUCUUAUGGAUUUGAAACAUCCCAUGAAGUUAAUGUAAAUAAUGACUUUCUGUUGUUCAAUGGCUACUUUUCAAAUGCCAUGGUUUUUUUAUAUAGGUUUACAUUGUACAAAAAAACGUUUGCCUGGAACGUUCUAGAUAUCUUAUUGCGGUAAUUUUAAUUUGGCUUGUAAUGUUAUCAAGAUAUAGUUUUUUUAUUUUGUAUCAACUUUGUUAGUUUUGUUUUUGGGUUGCUGUUUAAACUAAAGUGGUAUGUUGUUGUGUAUAUAUAUUGAUAUAUAUUGAGAGCUCCUGUGUGUAUUGGCUGCUCUGAUCUGACAUUCAGACCUGCAUUCUGUUUGACCUGACCUUUAACCCCUACCUCUGAGUGUCUCUAUUUCAGGUCUCCCUGCUUCCUCUCUCUGCUUCCUUCUUCAGCCAUUAUUCAUCUUCUGUUUUAAUAUUCUACUUUGUCUUCUGUUACUUGAUUCUUAUAUUUAUAUACACAUGUAUUUAUUUAUUGGAUGUGUGCUACUGGUUGCUCUUGUCCCAUUACUCACCAUAUGUUUCUUUCAUUGUUUAAUUCCCCAGAUGUACAAGAAGGAUCCCUACCUGGAGGAGCCAGUCAGAGUGAACCAUGGUGGUGUAAAGCCGUCUCCGGCGGUUGGUGCCGCCCACAACCUACGAGCCACAGCCUCCGUACCAAGACGAACACCCAUACAGAGAUUACGAUCACCCGCCCAGCCGCUACGACGGGGGUGGUUACCUGGAACCAAAGUAUCGUAACUUCGACUCUCAGCUGCACUACGAGAAAAGUGUGCCUCACUACGAUGAGCAGUGGCCUCCCUACAACCAGCAGACCUCUGGCCCACCACCCCACCAGCAGCAGCACCCCCCUGGGCCUGGCUACGACCCCCGGCUGCCCUAUGAAGACGGACCCGAGCGAGACUACAGCCCCCCUCAGCCGCGCUACGAUGACGCCCCGCUGGGCUACAACGGACGACCUCGCUACGGCAAGCCAGCAGGACCAGGACCCAUCCGCCACGAUGAGCCUCCUCCAUCCGGCCCAGGGGGCUACGCUCCUCUACGUUACGAUCAGGAGCCUCACCCUUAUCCCCCUGCAACACGCUCUCCAGAGCCCCCUAAACAGUACUACCAGGGGGAGUCUGCCCAGCGGCCAGGACCUGGGCCUGCCUACAACCAGGCACCACCACAGCACCGAGGCUACAAGCCCCCACCCCAGCAGUAUGAACCCAUCAUGAACUUUGACGCCCCCGUGCCCCCUCCCAAACCACAACCAGAGGCUCUCCGCCCCUCCCCUGGGGACACGGUGAUCACCACAGCCCCCAAUCCCCUUCCACCUCUCCCCCAGAGUGGAGCCGGAGGACGACCCGGCCAUAAGGGCCCAGUCGGUGCUGUCCAGGGUCAAGAUGUUUGAGAACAAGCGCUCUGUGUCUGUGGACCGAGCCAAGGAGGCAGGAGACGCCAUAGGGCUCAGGGUAAGCAUCUGGAAAACACCUCACACUCUUGUGCACGUAUGUAAUACUCAGUGCUUGACUGGCAGGAGCUCACUGGAGCUGAGUACCGGCCACCUCAAAUUUUCUACUGCUUGAGCACCUGUUUCCUCUUAUAGAAUAUUAGCUCAAAAGUAUUGUGGAGCUCCUGCACCUAAAUACAAACAGUACCAGCACCCAAAAUGAGCACCGGAACCUAUUACAGUCCAAGUCAAGCACUGGUAAUGUCCACAGGAUUACCUGACCCUGGCCUCUUCUAAUGAUAUUUGAUUGGUUCAUGUGAUGUCCGUAAAGGUUUACUUUUCCAGGAAUUUUAUUUGCAUUUCUAUCUUGCUCCCACAGUCAGCGGAUCUGCCCACCAAACCAGGCGCGGGCAUUCCUAAAGCCAACUCUCUCAGCAAUCUGGACCAGGAGAAGUCGUUCAGGUAAUGAGUCAUAAGGGAGUACAGCACUGAGCCCUGCCACAGCACUGACCCCCACCCCCCCCCCCCACCACCACCACCACACACACACUACAUCACAGCACAGAUGCUGCUUUAUCUCUGAGGGCCUGAUGUGUCUGUUAGGGCUAUCAGGUGAUCCACUCUGAAGUGGAUAAUAGACCUUUGAAGAUAUGAUAUGAAGAUGGCAGUGUACUGUAUUGUAUGGCUGCCGUCUUGCGUGCUCCGACCCAACUUUGCUAUUAUUUUGGCGUUUAUCUUUACUUUUUUUUUUCACUAAAUGUAUCCGCUAUCAUUACCUAUGAUCGACAAAUACUUUUCAACAUCAGAUCGGUAGUUACUAACCUCAGUUCUGGGUCCACUUUGACUCAUCUGCCCUGGGCUCUUUGUGUACCUCCGACCAAAUCUUUGGGCUACCCAAGAGGAAACGCCGGUGAAAACGAGGCAGGAGAGCGGGCGUCCUGGUGAGACGAAGGCGAAGGGAAAACCAGCCACUACUUCCCUCCAUUCUAAUGUACAGUCACUUGAUAAUACGAUCACCAUAAGGAUCACCUCUGAUCGCAGAUAUUCUAUCAAUGAGACUCUCGUAACUGCAAAAUCCUCUGUUUUUCUAAAACAUGGCAUUCGGACAAGAUACCCCCCAUGGCUAUCAAACUUGAUGGAUUCUCCAUUCACCGAGCGGACAGGACAUCGGAUUCAGGGAAAUCCAGAGGGGAAGGGUUAUGUCUCUUCAUCAACAGCAAAUGGUGUGCAGACUCUAGCACAGUGGAAGGAAGUUUCAACCUAUUGUUCACCUGUCUUCAAAUACCUGAUGGUCAAAUGCUGACCCUUUUACCUCCCGAGAGAGUUUCAUCUGUUAUCGUGACUGCUGUAUAUAUUCCACAUCAGGACAACAACAACAAGCUGGCACUUGAGGAACUGUAUGAGGCUGUAAACAAGCAGGAAACCAUGCACCCGGUUGAUGCUUUUCUUGUUGCCGGUGAUUUUAAUUCCACGCCACUCCUGCUUCCUGUUUACAAACAAAAGCUCAAACAGGAAGACCAAUGACGCGCUCCAUAGAAAAAUGGUCUAUCAGAGCAGGCUAUUCUACAGGACUGCUUUGCUAGCACUGACUGGAAUAUGUUCAUCAGGAAAUGUAUCGCUGACGUCAUCCCCACAGUGAAGGUUUGCUGCUUCCCCAAUCAAAAGCCCUGCUAAGCUAAAGGCCAGAGCUACUGCUCACAGGGCUAUUGCAGUCAACCGCGAGGCUAUGGCUGAGGACACGAAUGCGUACAAGAAGUCCCGCUAUGACCUCCGCAGAGCCAUCGAAACAGGCAAAAGGGCAAUAUCUGAACAAGGUGGAAUCCUAUUACACCGGCUCUGACGCAUGUGGCAGGGGCUACAGUACAUUACGGACUACAAAGGAAGCCGUGAUCUGCCUAACGAUGCCUCUCUACCAGACAAUCUCAAUGCCUUUUAUGCACGCUUCGACAAAAACAACAGAGCCCUGCAUGAGGGCCCCCGCUGAUCCGGAGGAUUGGGUGAUCUCUCUCUCUCUCUGAGGCUGACGUGAGUACGGUCUUUAAAUGGGUCAACACUCGUAAGGCCGCAGGGCCAGACGUGUCCUCAGGGCAUGUGCAGACCAGCUGGCAGGCUUCUUCACGGCCAUUUUCAACCUCACCUUGUCCCAGUCUGUAAUCCCCACGUUUCAAGCUGACUACCAUCAUUCCUGUUCCCAAAAACGACCGUCCUGUAGCACUCACAUCUGUAAUAAUUAAGUGCUUUGAAAGGUUGGUCAUGGUACACAUGAACUCCAUCAUCCCAGACACCCUGGACCCACUCCAAUUUGCAUACCACCCCAAGAGAUCCAUAGAAGACGCAAUAUAAAUUGCACUCCACACUGCCCUCUCCCACCAAGCCCUCCAACUUCGUCACCAAGCUCGGGACCCUGGGACUGAACACCUUCCUCUGUAACUGGAUCCUGGACUUCCUGAUGGUCGACCCCAGUUGGUAAGAGUAGGCAACAACACCUCUGCCACGCUGACCCUCAAGAAGGGGGGCCCCCCACAGGUGUGUGCUUAGCACCCUCCUGUACUCCCAGUUCACCCACGACUGUGGCCAAGCACGACUCCAACUCCAUCAAGUUUGCUGACCACGCGGCGGUGGAAGACCUGAUCACCAACGGCAAUGAGACAGGGGAGGUCAGAGACCUGGCAUUGUGGUACCAGGACAACAACUUCUCCCUCAACGUCAGCAAGACCAACAAGCUGAUCUUGGACUACAGGAAACAGGGGAGGGUGCACACCCUCAUCCACAUCGACAGGGGCCGCAGUGGAGAGGGUCAAGAGCUUCAAGUUCCUCUGUGUCCACAUCACUGAGGACUUAACGUGGUCCUCUCACACCAGCACAGUCGUGAAGAAGGCACGGCAGCGCCUCUUCUCCCUCAGGAGGCUGAAACUAUUUGUUAUGGCCUCUCAGAUCCUCAGGAACUUUUACAGCUGCACCAUCAAGAGCAUCCUGACUGGUUGUAUCACCGUCUGGUAUGGCAGCUGCACCGCCCUUUACCGGAAAGCCCUACAUAGGGAGGUGCGGACGGCCCAGUGCAUCACUGGGAGUGAGCUCCCAGCCGUCCAGGAAGUACAUUCCAGGGUGUGUCUGAGAACUGUUGUCCAUACUCCCGUCCGGCAGGCGGUACAGGUGCAUCAAGGCUCAGACCAACAGACUCCUAAAACAGGGGUUCUCAAACAUUUUGGGGCCGGGGACCCCAUUUGUGAUAGCAAAUUCAUCAGGGAUCCCCUCAUAAUUAGAACACAACUUGAGUGAAAUAAAAAUAGCAUACAUGGAGUUUUACCAUGACUUUGUGUGCAUGGCCGGACGAACCAAGUCUCGGGCCAUGGGAAGGAACAUUUUAUAGGCUUGUCUCUUUGCAUUGGAGAGAAAAAAUGUCUCUUAUCAAGCUAAUUUCCUACAAUUCUAAACAUUUUGUCAUGGAGUAGAGAAAUAUUUUGUUGUUGCAGCUUCAAAGCUAAUAUCCUGCAAUUCUAGCCAUUUUUCCAUGAGGCAAAGAGAAAACCUUGACUUUUUAAAGCUUCAAGUAACUGUCCAGUGUUUCCAGAUUUCUAUAUAAUAUGACCUAUAAUUACAAUAUGAGUUAAAUAGUUUUCCUUCCAAAAUAUUGUAAUUCGUUAUGUUAAAAAGCAGCUUUUCUGUGUUGGAAUGGGCAUACCCCAGGAGAGAAGGACUGCCGACCGUGGUAUUGCAGGCAUUGUUAGCAGAAAACAGGAUCCCCCAUUAUAAAAAUGGCAAACUAAUAUAAAUAAAAUAUUGAAGACAAUCAUGGUACAAAUAAUUGCAUCUAAUCCACCAGAUGUAUGUCCUUGAACCCAUUAUUUUAAAAUCUUUUUAGAAACGUUCUGUUUGAGGUACAAGUGGCAUUUUUAAGUAUUUUUUUUCCACCAAUUUAUACUUUGUCCACAAAUACGAGUAUAGGAUGAGAGUCAACAACAUUAUUUGGGUAUGAGUUAACAGAAUAUUAACUUUUAAGUUAGAUUUUCACUGGACAGUUACUUUAUAUUACAGUGCAUUUAUGUAAAAUAUAUAUAUAUUUUGAGGAAUACAAUAUUGAGUUGAAAAAUGUAUAAUUGGAACACCUUCCUCUGUGGCCCAUGUUGGCCAGGGUUAAGAACAUACAUUGUAGAUUAAAUGUCCAACAACUACUGCUCCCCCUCAUACCUACGCUGCUGCUAAAAUGAUUAUUAAUUGCCAUUAGUAUGUACUGUAUCUAUUUAUCCUUCUACUGGUCGCUAUUACUCCUGUUUACAUGUAUAUAUUCCUGCUACCAGUCACUUUCAGACCUGUUUACAUGACACUUGCACUCACACACUGACAUUAACACUUACAUACAUACACACUCACCACCACGCACACACCCACCACUUAUGCUUCUGCCAUACUGCUUACUAUUACUAUUAUUAUUAUUAUUUAUCCUGCUACCAGUCCUAAGCCCUGCCUACAUGUACAUAUCUACCUCAAAUACUGUACAUUUACCCUGUAUAUGGCUUCCUCUCUUAUUUCUCGUGUUUUGUUUAUUUUUAUAUUGAAUACUGCACUGUUGGGUAGGGCUUGCAAGUUAAGCAUUUCACUAUACUUGUGCAUGUGAUAAAUACAACUUGAAAAUAAACAAUGCUGCUGCCAUAAGACAGUGCUUCUGCCUAUCACUGGUGCUGCUGUUUGCUGCUCUUGGUCUUGGAGCUCCACCCGGUGGACACUAAGAGAAACUACCUUCCAACUCUGCACACUGACUGGUGCAUUAAUAUGCUAAAUGCAUAUUGCAGAGGCUGUCCAGUACACAUGUUUGUCAUUGUAAUUCUGUUUAAUUGUUAUAUGGUCAAUUUUAGUGAUUUAGAGAUUGAAACAAACGCACCACAAUAUACUUUAGAGGAAUUUCUUUAUGUAUGGUUUAUCUGGUAUUUUAAUUAACCUCCUCACAUUGACUAACCCCCUCUUUAUCCCUCUACUCUGUCCUCAGAGUCCCUGAGCCUCAGAAGCCCCGGGAGGUGUCAGAUGAUGACAUAGUGCGCUCCAACCACUACGACCCAGAUGAAGACGAGGAGUACUACAGGAAACAGCUGUCCUACUUUGACCGGCGCAGCUUGGACGCAGGCAAGGCACCUACUCAGACAACACCUGUCAUCGCAACCAAACCUGCUGCUCAGCCACAAGCACAUCCCGGAUACAACUACCCCAGGUAACGCACUCCCAUGCAUCACUCUCUUUCUGGGAUAUGUAGUAGGAGUGGAGCGUUCCCGAUUUGACUGAAGCGUGGAGCGAGCUUCCCAAAGGCUUGAGCGUCGGUCUUCUCGCCCGCCAAUUUCCCAGUAGCGCUCACUUCACAAGCUCAGGGCAUGCCCGGCCCAGCAUUCAUUUUUUAUCUAUUUCUGUGCUGCUAUAGCCCCUUGCUUUAGCUACUGUCAUAUAGUAUGCUAAAUAUUUUCAUAAAGAAACUGAUAAAACACACAGGUGGAGAAAAAAAAAGGUGACUUACAAAGAUGAGGGAGUGCAGUGAUGUAGUGUCCACAACUAAAGCAUCAUUGUGGAAUCUGAAAAGACAGAAUUCCCGAAAGCAUGAUGGUGUACUUUACUACGUGCACAUGCUAACAGAAAGGAACGAGAUGGGUAGCUAGUAUUUAUCUAGUGUGUCCCUGUAGCAAAGUAUUUAUAAACAAAAAAUCAGAUCUCUUAAAAGUUUUGUUCAUUUUCAUUAUAUUAUCUAUACAAUAGGUCAUCAUUGAUUUUGGCCCAAUAGGCCUGGCAUAUUACCCUCUUUCAAGGAGGUUUCUGUUUUGAUAGGGUUAUUUUACCUAAAAUCCGUUAGGCCUACCAACAGAAAAAUGUGAAUAAAACUACGCAUCCCUGCCCAGCCUGGCAAGAGUGGCCUGAAGGGUGUUUAGCUUCCCCAGUGGCUCUGCCAGCUCUAAGAGGGUAUUCUUCACUGCUGGCCGGCUCUCCAGGCACCAUCGCAUGAGCCUGAAUACUCUGGCCAAACUUCAAUGGCAGUGUAGAUGGAGCCUAAUAAGGCAUUUUUCCAUUGAAUUUGUAUCUAAUUCUAAGUAAGUCACAGCCUAUAUGUGCAAAUUAUAGACUAUAAUGAUUUAAUACAACAUAAUGUUGUUUAAAUGCUGAGCGCUUAAUGUCCCUGCCAGCCUAGUGUGUCACACUUGCAAAUGCUUCAAAAUGUAUUUCUUUGUAGGCUAAUAGCCUUGAAAUAAUAUAGCCUAAAUAAUUCAUUUCCGUUCCUUCUUAGGCUACCUGUCUGGCUCCUGACCUAUUUAGAGUGUUUAUAUGCUGUUUAAUUCGAUGAGCACUUCUUACAGUCACCUUUUCAUGUUGUUUAUUAAAAUACUUUUCAUUCAAAUCAUAUGGUUUGGUUUCAAUACUUCAAAACCAAAUGGUAGGGCCAGGUAGUCACAAAAAUAGAUGGGUGUUGGUUAAAUUGUGAUUUAUUUCAGCUUUAUUUAACUUGGCAAGUCAGUUAAAAACAAAUUCUUAUUUACAAUGACGGCCUACCCCGGCCAAACCCGGACGACACUGGGCCAAUUGUGCGCCGCCCUAUGGUACUCCCAAUCACGGCCGGAUUGUGAUACAGCCUGGAAUCAAACCAGGGUCUGUAGUGACGCCUCUAGCACUGAGACGCAGUGCCUUAGACCGCUGCGCCACUUGGGAGCCCAAUAAUGAAUGGAGCGAAUGCGUUUUUUAGCGGCGCGGUUGGAAAGGACGUGAAGUGCCGGAGCGGUGCGCGAGUGGGAUUUCCAACCGCUCUACUCCGCUCACAUUCUCUGGUGGGAGACACAAUAUAGCUUACUCUCCCCCCUGCAGCACACUCACCCCACAGAAACCUCAUGGGGGUCUAAAGCUUUUAAUCUCAGCUACACACACACACACACACACACUACUCCUGGGGGUCUAAAGCUAGGCUAUAGUAUAUUUCUCAGCAACACACUCUACCGCCACCAGAACAUUGAUUCACCCUGCCUUGGAAAUGGUUUUCUUAUAGUUGAAAGGACAGAGUUGGUGGUUGGCCCAUGCUGACAAAUGAAAAACUACUUUUUGAAGGCGAGCUGUUUUUUUUGUUAUCCUCCUGGGCGGCAGUAGAAGGGUUACUUUGAUGUACCACACUGUGUGCAAUCUCCACCUCAGUCAAAGACCAUGCCAAAGAUACAAGAUUAAGUGUUGGAAGGGAAAAAUACCAUCACAGUAUUCUUUUAUUCUGAAUUUCUUUCAUCUUUCUUUCAACUAUCAACAAUAGGUUUCACUGUUCUUACGAGGUGUUUUACCACUGUAAAACUAGCCUCGAGACUUCCAGGCUACUUUGGAUGUCAAAGCUGCAUCGUAUGCGUCAGUAUUGCUAUUUGCUUCAGUAUUGCUGUGCUCCGUUCUCCUAUGUGUUGUUUUGCCAAACUUUGUUUUAGUAGGGCCGUGUCUGCAUGGUUUUUGGCCCAUUCUGUUAUUAGCUAAUUAACAAAACCAUUCACUUGUAACUCUGCUACAAAAUUACCAAUUGUAGUGGAAGGCAUAUUUUUUAAAGUGUGUUUUGGAGAAGCAAUCUGUGUAAAUGAAUACAGUGAAUUAACUAGAUGGAGCCACUGUGUUUUAUUAAAACUAACAGUCUCACUGGACUGCAGUAAUUGAACCUUUCUCUUGAGGAUACAUGACACGUCACUGGUGUAUCUCUGUUUAGGACUAGAUUUUUUGAAGUAGUAAUGUUUUGAAGUGACAGACUGAGAUGCAUUAUUUCAAAUCAGUGAUUCUAACCCUGGCCUGAAUUCAUCUUUACCUUAAACCCAUAUGUUUGUGCCAUCAUUGUGACAUUGUUUGAAUGUGCUCUUGUGUUUUUUACAGGGCAGAGUCAGUGGAGAAGGUCAGUCCUGUGGAGAGGAGAUAUGAACCUGUUCCCCAGGUUACCCCUGCUGCCCCACCUGCCAUUCUGCCCAAACCCACCUCACCUGAGGGUAAGCGCUAUAGUGUAGGACACACGCUAGUCUAGUUCUACAUGCAGUAUUUUAAUCUAAAAAUAUAAUACUCACACACACUCACAGUGACUCACUUACCAGAUCCCCAUGACUCUCCCAAAGCAGACACAGUCACGACCAACUACCUGCCCCAGAAGAGUUACCCUGAGAAGUCUCCAGUGAACGGCACGGCAAUGAAGGACCAACCCAAGAUCCCGGCCAAUACCAGCUACAACCGCUACGUCCCCAAGCCCUACACCAACUCCGCCAAGCCCUUCGAGAGGAAGUUUGACAGCCCCAAGUUCAACCACAACCUGCUGCCCAACAACAAAACAGACCUGGCCCCAGCCAUCAAGGCCCCAGCCAACAGCACAGCCCCAGCCAAGCCCCAGAUCUCCCCCCAGCCUACAGACCUGGACUCUGGCCUGGACACCUUCACACGCACCAUUGGACAACAGGUCCAAGUACCAGCACAACAACAUCAACGCUGUGCCCAAGGCCAUCCCUGUCAGGUGAGAGAAUUCAACAUCAUCCCUAGAGGGGUAUCCUACCCACUGGCUGAACUAUACUGGGUUCAGUUAUAAUAUAUAGAUUAUAGUGUUAUCGCUUCACUUCAUGUAUUAUGCAAGAACCACACCAGGAGUGAGGAGUGACUCUGUGCAUGGCUAGAGAAAAGAAAGCAUACAAAGUCACAUGGUCAUGUUUCUUACAGUUCUAUAGUUGACACAUUGAAUGAUACCAAUGCUUUUGCCCGUCCAGAAGGUGUCACAAGUGUUCCAGAGGCUGGCUCUAACUGGCCUCUAUGUUCUGGUAUCUGACUGUGACAACUCUCUCCCCCCUGUAGCCCCAGUGCUCUGGAGGAUGAUGAUGAGGAUGAAGGUCACACGGUGGUGGCCACGGCCCGGGGGAUCUUCAACUGUAAUGGAGGGGUGCUGAGCUCCAUCGAGACGGGUGUCAGCAUCAUCAUCCCACAGGGGGCCAUCCCUGAGGGCGUGGAACAGGAGAUCUACUUCAAGGUCUGCCGGGACAACAGCAUCCUGCCCCCCCUGGACAAGGAGAAAGGUCAGACAUGGAGUCAUGGUACACAGGAGUUAGAAGAUUUCACAUGGGGUCUUUCGCCAAGCUUUAUUCCACUCUUAAGAUAUUCUAUUCCUCAGUUUUAAGGUACCUUAUAUGCUGGCUGUACAGUGGUUAUUAGAAGUAUUCACCCCCUCUUGGAUUUUUUGACAUUUUGAUGCGUUACAAGGUGGGAUUGAAAUAGAUUUAAUAGUGAUUUUUUUUGUCAUUGAUCUACACAAAAUACUCCAUAAUGUCAAAGUAAAAAUAAAAGUAUAUUUAUUUUUUAACAAAUUAUUUAAAAUUAAAUAACUAAAAUAUAGUUGUUGCAUAAGUAUUCACCCCCUUUGUUAUGGCAGGCCUAAAUUAGUUCAUGAGUAAAAUGUUGCUUAACAAAUCACAUAAUCAGUUACAGCUACGUGAAAUAAUAUGUGUUGACAUUAUUUUUUAAAUGACUACCCCCUUCCUCUGUCCCUCAUACAUACAACAUCUGUAAGGUCCCUCAGUCAAGUAUUGAAUUUCAAGCACAGAUUCAACUACAAAGACCAGCAAGCUUUUCAAAAGCCUCAUAAAGAAGGGCAGUGAUAGGUAGAUGGGUAACAAUAACAAAUGUGAGAUUGAAUAUCUCUUUAAGCAUGGUCAAGUUAAUAAUUAUGCUGUGGAUGAUGUACUAAACCACCCAGACACAUCAAAGAUGCAGUCGUCCUUCUGAACUGAGCUGCAGGACAGGAAGGAAACUGCUCAGGGAUGUCACCAUGAGGCCAUUGGUGAUUUUAAAACAGCUACAGAGUUCCUUGGCUGUAAUGGGUGAACUGAGGAUGGAUCAACAAGAUUAGUGACUCCACAAUAAUGACCUAAAUGACAGAGUGAAAAGACAACAACAAAGUAAUACUGCAAGAAAACAUGGCAAAAGGAAUAUACUUUUUGGCCUAAAUGCAAAGCCUUAUGUUUGGGGCAAAUCCAACACAUCACCAGAGUAACUGCCUCAUUAUUUUCAAGCAUUGCUGCAUCAGGGUAUGGGUAUGCUUGACAUCGGCAAAGACUGGAGAGUUUUUCAGGAUUAUAAAAAAAAAAAACGGGAUGUCGCUAAGCACAGGCAAAAUCCUAGAGGAAAACCUAAUUCAGUCUGCUUUACACCAGACACUGGGAGAAUAAUUCACCUUUCAGCAGGACAAUAACCUACAACACAAGGCCAAAUCUACACUGGAGUUGCUUACCAAGAAGACAGUGAAUGUUCCUGAGUGGCCAAGUUACAGUUUUGACAUAAAUCUGCUUGAAAAUCUUUGGCAAGACUUGAAAGUUGCUGUCUAGCCAUGAUCCCCAACAUCUUGACAGAGCUUGAAGAAUUUUGAAAAUAAUUAUGGGCAAAUAUUGCACAAUCCAGGUGUGCAAAGCUCUUAGAGACUUACCCAAGAAGACUCACAGCUGUAAUCGAUGCCAAAGGUGUUUCUAACAAGUAUUGACUCAGGGGGUGAAUACUUAUCUAAUCAAGGUGUAUUAGUGUUUUAUUUUUCAUUAAUCAAAAAAAUACACUUUGACAUUAUAGAGUAUUUUGUGUAGAUCGUUGACAAAAGAAAUGACAGUUAAAUCCAUUUUAAUCACACAUUGUAACACAAUAAAAUGAUAGGCACUGUAUUUAAUGUAUCAGUUAGUUUACUCACCAAUGUAUUCAUGAGAUAAUGUUGUUUUCACAGAUCAUAUAUCAUCUCUCUCUUCUCUCUUGUCUUCUCUCUUUAAAUUUUUCGAGGAUAGGUAUAUUUUCCUUUGGUCUUUUAAUGGUUCUCAUUGUCUUAAAUGUUCACCCUGCCUGUUUAAACCCAUUAAGGAGCCCAACAGCUUCAGUGAUCUUAGGAACCCUGUGUGUAUGUGUAUUAGCCUCUAACCCUGUGGUGUGUAUCUGUUUCCAGGAGAGACCCUGCUCAGCCCGCUGGUGAUGUGUGGCCCUCACGGCCUCAAGUUCCUGAAACCUGUGGAGCUGCGCUUACCUCACUGUGCGUCUAUGACCCCAGAUGGUUGGUCUUUUGCUCUAAAAUCCUCCGACUCCUCGUCGGGUACGCUGUCCUCUCUGUCCUUUUGGGGUCGGGGCUUUGGGUUGGCUUUGUGACAAAUUGCUGGUUGUGGGUCACCUUGUAUGAUUUUUAUGGUGUCAUUUUUUUGGUAUUUUGGUUUAUUCACUCAUUCAUCCACUGAUCUUUUAUUUAUUUGAUGUGGUCUUCAGAUCAAACUUCUUGUUAUUGCUUUUUCAUGCUGAAACGGCUUUCUUUCUGUUCUUUCCUCCACUUAGUGUGUAUGUCAUCUGUUUGACAUUGAUAUGGUUCCAUUCGACAUGCAUCCCGCCGAUCAGUUUUACGUUGAUAAGAUUAGUUAGUUCUUUGUUGUAGUAAAUCAUUCCACAUUAUUUUCCUACAAGUGAUUUUUCUCACAUAGCCACCCAAAUGUCUAUCCUGAAACGCAGCGGUCAGCGGUCCUCUUACAUUUGGAAGAGAACCCUCUCAGAGACAGAUGCAUGGUUCCCUCUGUACUAACAGAUAUUCUGUUGUGUAUGUGAGAACAGCCUGUGGGUUGGAUCUGAGAUCUGUCUGUCUGGCAGCAUCAGAACAGAACCGAGUCAGCUCUCCAUCCGCUCCUCUCUAUAUGUCUUAAUGGUAAACUUGGCACCGCUGUGGAUUAGCUACUAAUUACUCUCAGCUAGAAUUGGACUUGAAGGGCUAAAUGAGCCUACUGCUGCCUCGUUGGCUUGUUCGUUUGUUGUCCUGCUUCAUUGUAGAAGGAUUACAGGGCUGUGCUCUAAUCCUCUUCUUGUAAAACAAGGCACUUUAGCUUCAUUUAGGCUCUACUUGUGUGUUGCUCCUCACAGAGUCUGACUCUGAUCUCCAGUUGGGUGCUGAGCUGCCCAGGCCCAAUGGGAGUUUCCAGUAGAGAAGCAGCGUAGUGUGUGACUGAAUGGUCUUGGUUUGGAAUGGUUCUGAAAGAACUCUGCUCACAGACGGGAGAGAUUCAAUCCAAACUACACAUGAUCAGUUUACUUCUGACAAUACAUGACCUUAAUGUACUGAUGUCAUAAUGAGUUUCACAGUGACAUUCCUCCUCCUUCUGCACUGGCUAAUUGGGAACCUUUAACAAAUCAUCUGAGUCAUUGACAAUUGAUCUGAGUAAAAUCACUUAAACGCCUCUUGGUCCUCAUAUGGAUCCUAUCUGAUAGGACUUGUUAUUGCUCAAAUCCAUUUGACAUUUAGGAGUAAUUACACUAUAAUGAUUAUGAUGCAUUAUCCUCCCUUGUGAUUUCCUAUCAGAACAACAAAGCAUGCUAAAAGCCUGCAAUUUCUCAGCACUUUGAUCUGAAGAUCUCAUAAAACUCACUUUACUCACAUGGCACUGAGGGAUUGAAUGCAAUUAUCUGAAAUAACAGUGCUUUAAAAUGCAACUGCAUUGUGGUUUGGAAGAAAUGGUGCAGUUUAGUGUAACAGUUUUGAGUCUAAAGCCAUUUUUUAAAACAAUUAUUUAAAUUGGUUAUUCUGUGGUGGCAAUAGUCUUGGCUCAAGGGCUGGAACCUACCAAUUAAUUGCAAAUUACAGUUGCUGCCAGUACAUACUCUAUCCUUAAGAGCUAUAAUUUGCAAUCAAGGGUGGUUUUAGCAAUGUAGUGUGAAGUUUACUUCUGUCAAGCUACAUCCUGGGGUGUGUACCACAAACAGCAUGUAUACAGUUCAUAUGGCUUUAAUGGAACAAAGGGGAUUUUAGUUUAGUGUUUGGAGCUUGCUGACUGUUAAGUUUAGCAUGAAGUGCAUUAUGUAUUAUGAACCUUAUACCCUUUCUCCACCUGUUAUCAUUACCAUGUUCCUUCUCUCUCGCACCCUCAGGUGAUCCCAAGAGUUGGCAGAAUCAGUCUCUCCCUGGAGAUCCCAACUACCUGGUGGGAGCCAACUGUGUGUCUGUGCUCAUCGACCACUUCUGAAGAGGGCAACAGCUGGCCUGUUACUGAAUGUGAAACCAUGGGAAAAGAGGAGCGAUAACAAACACAAACACACACACACACACAUACAGCUACACACCACACACACACAUACAGCUACACACGCACACACACGCGCCAUUUCUCCAGGGG